GUUAUCCUAACAUUUGUCUGUGUGUUGACAAAGGAUUCUGUAGAAAUUGCUCCAGUGCCAUAUACACUGCAAGUCCAUCGUGUAGCUGUGGUUGGAAGAGAUCCCUCUAACCCCUUGAGGAGAGAAAAGAGGCAGGUGCAGUGCCAACUAGGACAAUACCUACAUCCCAGGGAGACCCACUGCUGCAUGAGGUGCCAUGCAGGUACCUACAAGGCAAAAGACUGUGAUCGGCCUGACCAGGCACCUAUCUGUCUUCCGUGUGCCAAUGGCACAUUCACAGCUGUUGAUAACACCAUGUCUAAAUGCUUCCAGUGUACACGCUGCCGUACAGAAUUCCAGCAGAUAGUAGAGACACCCUGCAGCCCGAAGCAAGAUACCGUAUGUGGCUGUCGGAAGAAUCAAUAUCAGGUUGGCGUGUCCGAUUUCUUCCAGUGUAGGAAUUGCAGCUCCUGUGUCAAUGGGAUUAUUGACAACUGUUCAAAGAACAGAGACACGAUUUGCCGGUGUAAGCCUCGAUUCUUCCUAACACUUAAUAAUGUUUGCAAGCCUUGCAGCAGCUGCAGUGGAGAAGAAUGCUUGCAGUGUCAUAGCCCAGUGACUGCCUCACCGACUACAUCUGGGCUGAAUGGGAGCCUUGUCCUUGGCAUCAUCGUUGCAAUAUUUGGAGUUAUCUCUGUCCUCUACAUUGUAAAUAAAGUAGUGAAGCUGGUCCAAGAAAAUGGGAUGGUGUCAUCUUUAUACUCCUGUGUUUCUUUGCCGCAGACAACCAAGGAGCCAGUAUCUGAGGCUGAGGUAAAAAGAAGUGAAAUUUCCAUCCUUCUUCAUGAGUCGCAGAAGGAAACAGAAUUGCCAGUGAAUGCAGCACCUGUACCUCUGCCGCAACGUUCACAUGAGCUACCAGACUGUGUCAGACAUGCCAGGAAGACACAGCUUCCAGACAACCCUGCGAUUCUCUACACUGUGGUGGGUCACGUACCGCCAUCUCAGUGGAAGGAGUUUGUGAGGCGGCUGGGUCUGAGUGACUAUGACCUAGAGCGAAUUGAGAUAGAGCAUCGGCGUUUACGAGAUGCCCAGUAUGAAAUGCUUAGACUGUGGAAACUGCAGAUGGGCCACGCUGCAACUGUGGAGCACAUCAGCUGUGUUCUCAAUCAGAUGGAGCUGAGUGGCUGCAGUGAAGCUAUUCAAGAGGCUCUGCUAAACUACAACUCUCCUCAAUCUUGCAGGCCCCACAGCAAUCUUUCAUCUACUUCUGCUUGA